AUGGAAGUGGAGGCCUGUACCUUGGUUCUACUAUCCAUCACGCGGUUACAACAGAAUCUUCGGAAGCUUCACAGAUACGGUCUAUUGUUCUGUGUUGUUGGUCACUUAAUCGUGUCGACCAUCAAUUGUAUCUCCAUCGAUAAAGGACAGGACGGUCCCAUCAAAGUAUCUGUGUGGCCUCUCGUCUUUGCUAUCGGUAUGGUAGUCUCCAAGUUCAUGGAGAAGCCGGACAUUGACUUUCACAUACUUUGA